AUGCCUGAAUCUAUCCAACUUUUAGACGCCGAUGUACUAAGAAAAUUACAAUCACAAAUUCAUGUUAUCUCCAUAGCAUCUGCGAUCAAUGAAAUUGUUCAAAAUUCCAUUGAUGCUCAAGCAACCAAUAUUGAAAUCUUACUUGAUCUCAAUACAUUAUCGUUUCAAGUUAGAGAUAACGGGAUCGGCAUAUCACCUGCGGAUAUGAUUUUGAUUUGUAAACAGCAUUAUACUUCAAAGAUUAGAUCAUCAAAGGAUCUAGCUGAUAUUAAGACCUAUGGAUUUCAUGGAAUGGCCUUAAGUUCAAUUGAUAGUAUAUCUAAACUGACAAUCAUAUCUAAAGUCAAAGAUUACAAUGGAUCAAGAAUUAAAAUGCAUGCAGGGCCAACAAAAUUUUAUUCUGAACAAAAUAUAGUAAAAGAUAUUAUUGACAACCCUGUACAUCCGUUUGAAAAAGAAAGCUCAGGUACAAUUCUGAUCGUUCGAAAUCUAAUGUAUAACUUACCAGUGAGAUCAAACAUGGCAAAAACCGAACCUCAAUAUAGAGUAUUUAAUGCCUUGCGAGAGUACGUUUUAAGAUUAUCGAUUCAUAAUCCUACAGUUUGUAUAUCUGUAAAAUAUUUGCAACAAUCCAAUAACCUAGAAAGUUUAUUUAAAUACGAGGGUUUGAAAACAUAUAAAGAGGAUAAUACUUUUAAUGUUUAUCUAAACGUAUUGCGCUCAAUAUAUGAAUCUAUAGUUCCAUAUAAUACUUUAAAAGGAGUAUCAUUGAAAUAUAAACAAUAUUCAGUUCAAGGUGUGAUAUCAAAAUCUCCGGUCAGAGUCAAACACCUUCAGUUUAUGAAUAUCAAUAGAAGAACAUAUAAUAACCCAACAUUGUUAAAAACAAUAAAUUCAUUGUUUAGAGAAUGCAAAUUUGAACCUCAAGAAAAUACGGUGAAAUAUGUUGGGAGACCGUAUAAAUUUUAUCCAAUGUUUUUGAUUGAUAUUCAGGGUCCAAAAAACAUGAACGAUCUGAUUCAGGACCCUUCUAAAUGUGUUGUCGAAGCCACAUUACAGGAUAUUAUUGAUCCAUUAAUAAUACGAACUUUUAAAUCAUUCCUCGUUACACAAGGCUACAUGACCUCUGAUACUACUUCGAAUAUUAAACCGUCAUUUGUCAACGAAUCUUUGAAUUUUGAAUCAAGUAUUAACAAAUAUAAUGCAAACAUUAUAUUAGAUUCUAAUGUAAGAGCUGGUCGAAAUGAUCGCCCUGAAAUAAAUGGAAGGUACGAAACUAUUACCCUUACGAAGUCAUUAAAAUUAAAGAAGUCCAUGAAAAUAGGAAAACCAUCUUUGAAAUAUUUAAGAAACGAUCAUUCAAACUCAUCAAUUCUCAAAAAAAUAUCUACCGCAGUAUUGGAAGUUCCGACAGAAUAUAACCUAACAGACUCAUACUGUAGUCAUAAUCUAUACUCAAACAGACAAUUCUCUAUUACUAAAAACGAUCUUUCUAAUUGUUAUGUGAUUAAUCAAGUUGAUAAGAAAUUCAUACUAAUGAAAGUUUUAACUGAUUUGGAUGACGUUAAAGCGGAAUUAUACAUACUAGAUCAACAUGCAUGCGAUGAAAGAAUCAAAUUGGAACAAUUACUUAAACAGUUUAUGUCAGAUGUUCUCUUAGAUACCUUAUAUAUACAGCCGAUCAAUGUUUUAGAAUUGGAGGUAAGUACUGUUGAAGCAAACCUAUUCAAACAUUUUGAUCUUGAAUUACGUAGGUGGGGUGUUCAUACAAGAGUUGAAAGAAAUCAAUCCAACAAAUCAUCGGAAAAGAUAACAAGUUCGGUUUUGAUUGAUUCUUUAUCAGAUGAAUUGAUAAACAAAUGUGGUAGGGAUUCAGAAUUUCUAAAAGGUAUCCUACUACAACAUAUGAACGAUCUUUCGACCACUAAAAAACUUCCUAUCUUACCAUUAGUCGAUAGAUUCAAUCAAACACAGGAUUUAUUUAAUUCGGAAAAUGUCAAAGAUUGGAGAAUGUUAUCCAAUUGUAUUCCGGCUUUUUAUUUAGAGAUAUUUAAUAGCAAAGCUUGCCGUUCUGCGAUUAUGUUCGGUGAUGAGCUAACAAAAACUGAGUGCAAUCUGUUAGUUCAAAAUCUAAGCAAAUGUCAACAACCAUUUCAGUGCGCACACGGAAGACCAUCUCUAGUGCCCGUAUCGGAGAUCGCAAAUAGUGAACAUAAAACUGAUAAAUAA